CAGCUUAUUUCUGUCCGAAGAAAUAAAUAGAAAAUCCAAAAAAAAUAACAAAUAAUAAUAAGAUAAUAAUAAAAGUACGGAAAAUUACCGUAUAAUUUGUUCUUCCUUCCUUCUGGAACAAUCUCCGUCGUCUCCUCCGUUCUUCUGAAAGGAAAUCUCUCGACGGAGCGGAAGAGGGUAAGCUUUGCAGGUGAAGAUGGCGGAUCAGCUCACCGAUGACCAGAUCUCCGAGUUCAAGGAGGCCUUCAGCUUGUUCGACAAGGACGGCGAUGGUUGCAUCACCACCAAGGAGCUUGGGACCGUGAUGAGGUCACUGGGGCAGAACCCGACCGAGGCGGAACUCCAAGACAUGAUCAAUGAGGUCGAUGCUGAUGGUAACGGGACCAUCGACUUCCCCGAGUUCCUCAACCUGAUGGCAAGGAAGAUGAAGGACACUGACUCCGAGGAGGAACUGAAGGAGGCUUUUAGAGUCUUCGACAAGGACCAGAAUGGGUUCAUCUCCGCCGCCGAGCUCCGCCACGUGAUGACCAACCUUGGCGAGAAGCUGACAGAUGAGGAAGUUGAUGAGAUGAUCCGCGAGGCCGAUGUGGACGGCGAUGGCCAAAUAAACUACGAAGAGUUCGUGAAGGUGAUGAUGGCCAAGCUGUUGCUCCUAAUUACCUUUUAUCGUACACCGAAAUGGAGUUGGAGAACUCUCGAACAGUGGCAUGAUGAACCAAGUCCUAGAAAGGGGUUAGUUGGCGCCAUAAAUCAUGUGGGUAGGUUUGACGGUCUGCUUCUGUUCUCUAUAGAAGAAGCCAUUGAAGUCUUAACCUCCUCAGCUCUGAUCUUUCCAUCUCUCUCUGAAACCCUAAGAAUGGAGAUGGAGAAUUCAAUGGACGAGAAAAAGAAGAAGAAGAUGAAGAUACUCUGCCUCCAUGGGUUCAGAACCAGUGGGAGCUUCUUCAAGAAGCAGAUCGGCAGAUGGGAUCCUUCCAUUUUCGCUGCCUUCGAUCUCGAUUUUCCAGAUGGGAUAUUCCCUGCUGGAGGCAAAUCAGACAUAGAAGGGCUCUUCCCUCCCCCUUAUUUUGAGUGGUUCCAAUUCAACAAGGGCUUCACGGAAUACACUAACUUGGAAGAAUGCAUUACUUAUCUGUGUGAUUACAUCAUGACCAACGGUCCUUUCGAUGGCCUGCUCGGAUUUUCCCAGGGCGCAACGCUCUCAGCUCUUUUGCUUGGUUACCAGGCGCAGGGUAAAGUGUUGAAAGAUCAUCCGCCUCUGAAAUUCUUCGUAUCAAUCUCGGGAUCGAAGUUCAGAGACCCGAGCAUUUGUGACGUAGCGUACAAGGACCCGAUCAAGUUAAAGUCGGUCCACUUUGUCGGGGCCAAGGAUUGGCUAAAGCUGCGGUCUGAGGAAUUAGCCUCCGCAUUUCAUAAUCCCCUCAUAAUAAGGCAUCCUCAAGGCCAUGUCGUACCAAGAUUAGACGAGGAGGCUACCCGGCAGCUGAGCGACUGGACGAAGGGAAUAAUUGUCGAGCAUGGCAACGGUCCAGUUACCAGUAAGGCUGCAGAAACCUAAAAUGGACGAGAUGGCAUAAAGGAAGAGAGUCUCGCGGUCGGAAACCAAUUAGAUCAGAAUGGCGGGCUGAAAGUGGAGAUUGAAAAGAGAGAUGUUGAGAUUAUGGAGCCUGCCAAAGCCUGAAGACUAGUUAGGCUGUUUAAUUAUCCUUUAUUUUCCGAAUUCGGGUGACUAUAAGUUUAUAACUUUCAAGCUAAAGCCAACUUGUUUCUUCGUGUAACCGUUAUAUAUAAAACAUAAUAAAGUCACGCAGAUCGCGAAGAUGUAGGAGCGAAUUAAUUUUAUGAAAACAUUUAAUUUAGGA